AUGAACAAGAUCCGCGCCAUUCAGGCGCUCAACAAGAAAGAAAUCGAAAAUGGAAUCUCCCCCGAGGGCUCCUGGCACGUUGACUACCGCGACACGGCCUAUAUCUACUUCGGCGGCCUUCCCUACGAGAUGUCCGAGGGCGACGUGAUCACCGUCUUUUCCCAGUUCGGCGAGCCCGUUUGGCUCAAGCUGGCGCGCGACAAGGAGACGGGCAAGUCCAAGGGCUUUGGCUGGCUCAAGUACGAGGACCAGCGCAGCACCGAUCUGGCGGUAGACAAUCUCGGUGGCGCGACCAUCAAGGACAGGCUCAUCAGCGUGGACCACGCGCGCUACAAGUUCCGCGACGACGAGGAUCCAGACGAGGGCAAGGUGGACUGGGCGACGGUCGCGAAGCAGGAAGGCGGAGACAAGACAGACAAGGAGGAAUCUGAAGAUGAAGAAGAGGUGCGGCCGAUGCUUCCUGAGGAGAGGGAGCUUGCUGUUCUGAUACGGGAUCACGACGAGGACGAUCCUAUGAAAGGGUUCUUGAUUGAGGAGAAGAAGAAGGAGAUUGAGGAGGCGCUGCGGCGGCGGGACGACAAGUCAGACAGGAAAAAGAGGCACAAGCAUCGGCACCGGUCGCAUAGGUCACGGAGAUAUGAUAGUGACGAGGAGAUGAGGGAUGCUGAUCGCGACGAGGACAAGCACCGAAGCAGAAGGUCACAUCGCGACGACAUGGCAGACGACAAGGAUCGGAGGGACGAUGACAGAAGCUCUCGACGCCACAGACGGCAGGACGAGUCUCGAGAGAGAGAACCAAAAAGGGAUGACAGGAGGCGGAGGGAGAAAGACCGUUCGAGGGAAAGGCGGGAUAAGGACCCGGGCGAGAACGAAGACAAGCGGAGGGAGCGCCGGCAUCGUGACCGAGACGGUUCGGAAGAGCGCCAUCAUCGACGGCACAGAGACCGCGAUGAUGAGCGGCGACAUAGGAGGCGGAGCAGAAGUAAGUCGCCGUGA